UUUAGUCGAAGGAUAUUGCUCGGUGUCUUGCGUAAAAAUUUACAAGCAGAAAAAAUUGAACACAACGAAAAAGGAAAUAACCAGAAAAGCAAACGUUCUUGUUACAUCAUAAACAAAUAAACCAAGAACAUGGCUUCGCAUUAUUAGUAAACCACAAAUACCAAAUAAGGUCGUACAACGAAUAACAUCAUAGACAAACGUGAUGGAAGCAAAUUUGGAGAACGGUCAGAUGACGAACGCCUCGACAAGCAAAUCGCAUUCGCAGCGUCAAACAACAUCUCGUCGGCGGCAAAACGACAGCGAUGUGGCCGGAGGCGUGGGAAUCACCGGUGGCGGAGUCGUCAUUUUGCCGCAGCACGUGCUUAACGAACUCUAUCACAACUACUCCAUCAAACAACGCCGCAGUGGAUUGAAGUGGUUUGUCUUUGCGGCCGCGUUGUUUAACAUAUGGACCAUCGGGAUUCCCUGGGAUCAGUCGGCCCCUACGAGAGUGAUCAAUUGUUGUAUGCUGGUAGCGUACUUGGCAUUGACAGCGCUCCUUCACAUUGGACGCCGUUCUGGUAAACCGGCACUGAGGCGCUUCCACCAAAUACUCCUGAUUAUUGUGCCACGGGCACUGUGGCUAUUAAGCAUUCUUCAUUUUACCGUCUAUGUUAUUUUGCAGCCUAGUUUUUCCCCAAGGGACCUACUUGGCUGGGCCAUCCUUCUAAAUUUCUUGGUCUAUGUGACGCUGCCAUUACAGCUGAUUUUUCUUGGUCUGUCGAUUGGAUGUAUCACAUAUUUUAUUUGUCUUAGUCUGCCUGUUGGUUAUUCUCGCUGGGACUCGCUGCUCUCGAACCAGUUAGCGGCCAAUGCAGUUUUAAUAGCCACGGCAGCGCUAAUAGGCCUUUUGUACUACUUUAUGGGUGAGGCCAAACAGAAAAGAGCAUUUCUCGAGGCCAAAAAGAGCCUUGAAGUUAAAAUGGUCAUAGAGGAACAGUCGGCCGAACAGGAGCGUCUGCUUUUGUCUGUGCUGCCUAAGCACGUGGCUAUCAAGAUGCGGGAAGAUUUGGGAUCAUCCAGUUCCGAAGCCUUUAAAAAAAUCUACAUGAGUCGGCACGAGAAUGUAAGCAUUCUAUAUGCGGAUAUCGUUGGCUUUACCGCCAUUUCCUCCACAUAUAGUGCGCAAGAUUUGGUAAAAAUGCUUAAUGAGCUCUUUGCGCGUUUCGACAGACUUGCUGAGAAAUAUCAACAAUUGCGCAUUAAGAUUCUUGGCGAUUGCUAUUAUUGCAUUAGCGGUGCCCCUGAUGAGCGUCCAGAUCACGCCGUCAUGUGCGUGCACAUGGGACUCUCCAUGGUGAAGGCCAUUAAGUAUGUGCAGCAGAAGGCCAACUCACCUGUUGACAUGCGAGUAGGCAUUCACACUGGAGCCGUGCUCGCCGGCAUUCUUGGCCAGCGACAGUGGCAGUUUGAUGUUUACUCUAAGGACGUAGAGCUGGCCAAUAAAAUGGAAUCGAGCGGGAAGGCUGGACGCGUUCACAUUUCGGACAAAACGCUUGCCUUUCUGAACGGCGAAUUCGAAGUAGAGGCUGCCUUUGGGGAGAAACGAGAAGAGUUGUUGCGUAUUGCUGGGCUAAAGACGUAUUUUAUCACCAAAGUAGUUAAAGCGUUUGCAUCGCCAUGUGCCAAAAAAAUAAAUGAAACCCAGUCUGAAAUUGCACACCCCAAUCCUAAUGGAUCGACGACCGAUAUUGUAUCAGAUGAAGAUGACAACGAUGCCACAUUGGACGACGAAGGGCUCCUUGCGCAGAAUUCUGUAUCUAAUGGACACCAAAAAGUGAUUGCAGUGACUGCAGACGAAGAGGAGCAGGUGAAAUUGGAGAACUUUAAACAACGACUGAAAGAUGAGCUGGUAACUCGCGAUGGACAUGAAAACCUAACUAAGGACACUAACAUAUUCUUGCGCUUCAAAAACCCGCAGCUGGAGCAACUGUAUGCCGUAUAUAGAGAGCCGUACAGUUCACUUCCACUUCUUGCCGCCCUUCUAGUGCAGUGCAUUGAUGUGCUGUACUCAUACAUAGUUCUCCCGAGAUCUACCCUCCACUUCAUUAAUAUAGCUGCUCCGUUGGUACCAAUCGCAAUGCUGGUAGUGAUCAGCCUUGCCGAAAGCUUUAGUGGCAUGCUGCCAAAGUUUUUCGUAGAUGUCAGCAAGCGGUUCAAUGACAUAACUUUUGUUCGCGAGCUGGCCGCCAUAAUUAUUGCACUCACCAUUGGCUUCAGUAACGUUAUCGACAUGCACAUUCUAUUUAAUUUUAUUCUAAUCGGAUCGUUUGGGAACUAUUGGAAAAAUACAUUAUACACUCAAAACUUUAUAAAAUAUCCGUUCUUUUUCGUCACCUUCGUGCGUACCGAGCAUAUUGUGAGUGAAAGCGAGUUCAAUGUAACGGCUAGCCGAGAUAGCGAUAUAAACUUGGAGGUGGAGGGGAUGGUCACCGCAGAGCACCUACUUCCCGCAUCGUUUGUGGAACAAAUGCGCGAAGCUGUGCCCCCGGAACGAGUUUUGUAUCCGUCCUACUUAAGUAACUUUGGAGUACUUAUAUUAAUUGCGAUUGCCGUGAUUGCCCAACUUACUCAUCUCACAAAGAUUUUGCUACUUUUGUCCAUUGCAGCUUUGCAUUGCUAUUUCAAUAUAUUCAUAAUGCAGGAUUUGUAUGCUCUAGAGGAUGAUUUGGAACAUCAACCUAUUAUAUCUACGCGAUAUACCGCUUCAGGACUUCUGCUAGUGGCUGCUCUGGCGUUAAGCACUUUGGCAAGACACAUGGACCAUGAGGAUAGGGUAAUAUUCAAGUGGAAAACCGAGGUGGCCGAGCAAAAGGAGACCGCAAACGAUAUGAGGCAGCGCAAUGAGGCUUUGGUCUACAAUGUCUUACCUGUUCAUGUGGCAGAGCACUUCAUGAAGAACACUAAACGCUCUCAUGAUGAUCUUUAUUCCCAGAGCUAUGCUGAAGUGGGCGUAUUAUUCGCCAGCAUGCCGAACUUUUCUGAUUUCUAUUCCGAAGAAACAGUAAACAACCAGGGCUUGGAAUGUUUACGUUUUCUCAAUGAGGUCAUCUCAGAUUUUGAUGCAUUGUUGGAGCUGCCCCAAUUCCAAGACAUCAUCAAAAUAAAAACUAUUGGUUCGACAUAUAUGGCUGCCAGUGGGAUAAAUCUGCAGAGGACUCUUCGAAAUGACGCCCCAAUUACAGAACGGUGGUCUCACCUAGCGAUUUUGGUGGAGUUCGCAAUGGAACUGAAGCACGCAUUGCAAAGCAUCAACGAGCAGUCCUUUAACCACUUCGUCCUUAAGAUGGGGAUCAAUCAUGGACCGAUCACGGCUGGCGUUAUUGGCGCACGCAAACCGCAUUAUGACAUCUGGGGUAAUACGGUGAAUGUGGCAUCUCGAAUGGAGAGCACAGGAAAGGCGGGUGCUAUUCAGGUCACAGAAGAGACGUGCAAUAUUUUACAGCCCUUUGGUUACAAAUUCCUUCAGCGUGGUCUGGUAGCGGUCAAGGGAAAAGGACAGUUGAUGACAUUUUAUCUGCAGGGUAAGUCCCAGUCGAGUGCUGAACCGGUAUCAUCCGGCGCAGUCGAGCUCAAUGGCCAGGAUUCAUCUGCUCUAGAAUCCACAAGCGAACUGGAGACCUCAGACAUUAAGAUGCCCUUGCUGAAGAUGAAUGCCCCAGAGCAAUCGUUGGAAAUCGACCAAGAUCAGAGCUUAAAAAAUGACAGUGCUGGCCAAGAAAGGGUGGGAGAAUUUCAGUCGUUGCUAGAAUAGUAAGCUUGUCAUACUUAUGAUUUUAAUUCUUUGUGAACGUGCAGACAGAGUGGAUGUGUAUGCGUGUGUGUGGCCGUGUUAAAAAACAAGAGUUUACUAUUUUGAAGAAAUUAUUUUUGCAGUAAGUUAGCUUUUGCCUCAGUGUUCGUGUGAUAUUCCAUGCCAGAUGAUUAAUGAAAUAAAUAAGCAAAAUUCGAAAUUAGUUAUUAUAACCGAUUUUUCUUUCUAAAAGUUUGUAAACUGUGUACCUAAAACAAGAAAUAUAUCUAUCUUCUAAGUAUAUUUUUGUAUGCCUAAGUAUUUUCAGUUAUUCCAAACCAUACUUCGUUUAAAAAAAGUGAAAUUUUCUAAGCUCUGUAAUAUUUAUGUGAUCCACUUCGCUUUGCAGCUAAUUGAUGUGUAGAUUUGCAUCUCAAUGUGUAAAAUAUAUAUAUCCGCAUUAUAGUUAAAACCAAAAUUACGAUAUAAGUAACAUUGUAGCUAUAGAAAUAUAGAAUAUAUUAGUUGAGAGUCCAAAUCCCACCAUAACAACUAAAACCCACGUGUCAGUCCAAAUUGAGAACAAAACGUACUAUAAUUAAUUAGUUAAAAAGUAUUAAAUAUAAAAAUGGAAAUGAAAUCAAAGAACAAAAAUAUAAUGCUUAGAAUGCGUUCUUGGGCGUCGUCAACCAACAUUAUUCCUUCAUAUAUAUAUAAAUAUUUAAAUUAAAACAAACUUAUUAGCAUUGCAUGCUUGUUAAAUGCAACGAAUUAGCAAAGCAACAAUAAACGAACUUAAUUAUCAAAAGUUGCAAAAUAAUCAAGGAACUUGACCUAAAAUCUUUUGAAUGCGUUUGUCCAUCAGGUUUUUGUACUGCAUUAUCUAAAUUUUUCUUUGAUGGCUUAAGGCAUGACAAUCAAGAUGAAUAAAACUAUACAAAUGAUUGCUUUAGCUCGAAAUUCCACUGUUUAAAAGCACUAUGAACUAUUUUUACAACAUACUUUUUAUUAAAUAAUUUUAGAAGAUUGUGACGUUUA